GAUCCCGGAGCACAUCGUCAUGGAGGGAGACGGCGUGGCCGGCAAAGGCCAGAAGCACGAGUGGGCCACGGUCAAGGACGGCGAGCUAUACAUGGGCAGCGUGGGCAAGGAGUUCACGGACAACAGCGGCAACGUCAUCAGCGACGGCAACCUCUGGGUCGCUGUCAUGGACCGGGCUGGCGAUGUGCGCCACGAGGACUGGACGUCGCACUUUGCGGCCGUGCGCACGGCGCUGGGCUGCGACUGGCCCGGAUACGUGGUGCACGAAGCCAUCGAGUGGAGUCCCGUGCGUCGUCAGUGGUUCAUCCUGCCGCGACGCAUCAGUACCGAGCCGUACAACGACAUGGAGGACGAGAAGCGCGGCUCCAACAAGGUCGUUAUCGCUAGUGAGGACUUCAGCAGCAUCGAGGUGCGCGAGAUCGGCAAGAUCACGCCCCUGCGCGGGUUCUCGUCCUUCAAGUUUGUGCCGCGGUCCGAUGACUCGGUUAUUGUGGCUAUCAAGAGCGUGGAGGUGGAGGAUGAACAGAGGCAGACUUCCUUUAUUACGGUCUUUGACGUGGACGGCACCAUCCUCAUGGACGAGACUGAAAUCCCUGGUGCCAAGAAGUACGAGGGUGUGGCAUUCGCGCACGACUGGUCGUAGACGAGAUUCGCGCUGCAGUCACGAUCUGCUCCCAGGAGUUGGGACCCGCACCGCUCGCUUGCCUCCAAGACAGAGCAGCGACUAGUGCAAGCAAGCUAGCUAGGUGUAGAUUACAGAUCACUCACUCUCCCGGGGCACCCAAUGCUCCGGUCAAAGCUUCCUACCGGUGGACUAGUGGACAAGUGAGGUGGCCCCUUGCACGCACCCGCCUCCCCAUUCAAGCAUACAGCACAGAUCAAGAAAGAAGACUGUAUUCCGUUC